UAUUGUAAACUUUACGUUUUCUUUUAAUGAAACAUCGCUAUGUAAGCUGCACAGUAUAGGGCGUGUGAGGAUAUAUGUUUCUAAAUUAGGGCGUUCGGAACAGGUUCUUACAUAGAAUGGGAUAAGUGUUAAUACUCGGAUUUUGAACUUUACUUGAAAUUUUCAUAUAAGUAAAUUAUAAAAAAAAACACCACAACAUCCACUAUGGACCUAGAAAUGAAACCAGUGUGCGGUCUUGGCGCGUGCCAGCCGCGCGUGCUCCGGAAGUUUGCGUCCAUCCGCUGGUUCACGGCGUUUUACAGCGUCACUGGACUUUUGACGACAUCACUCAGUAUGUACAUGAUAUCACAGAUCACGACCAUUGAGCGACAGUUUGGGCUGUCCAGCACGAAAAGCGGCUACCUUAUGGCUUGUAACGACAUUGGCUAUUCCGCUUUCAUUCUAAUUAGCAGUUAUGUCGCGAACAGGGUGCAUAUUCCAAGAUAUUUAGCAGCUUCCACAAUACUCUAUGGAAUUUCAGGGAUCAUUUGUUCCAUACCCCAUUUCAUAUAUAAACCAGAUCCAUUAACAAACGUAAUUAGUAAUCAAACAUCAAUGUCAAGAAAAAUGGCUCCCCCAAACAUCUGCCUAAACACAAGUUUUCUGCAAAUGCCCACCACGACGCCAUCUGCAAAUGUAGACACUACCGAUAUGUUCGCGUCAGUAGCAGACGACGCUGAUUCCACGAGGAGCGCGGUUGCCAUGGCAUUUAUCGCCACGGGGAUGGUCAUACAGGGGAUCGGGAAGGCCCCUCGCUACCCCAUGGUGGGCCAGUAUGUUGACGACAACACCAGGCCUCGGGAGACAGGGUUCUACAUGGGAAUAAUUACAACACUUUCCGUUUUUGGACCGGCCAUUGCAUACGGACUAGGGGCAUUAUUCAGCAGAACCUAUGUCACACUCGAAGACGUUGAGCUGCAUCCCCGGGAUCCCCGCUGGAUCGGCGCCUGGUGGCUGGGCUUCCUCGUGUUCGGGGUGGCGGCCGUCAUAUGCGCGUUUCCGCUCGCAUUGUUCCCCGCUCAGCUCACCUCCCUGCGUCCACCUCCUUCCAGGACGCCCAAAAAAGACCGUCCCUGUUUCACUGUGCUCUGUUCGAACAUAUUCGGCAUUUUCAAGACACUAUUCCGAACGCUGAGCUACCCGGUGUUCACCAUAAUGCUGAUAGCGAGCAUCCUGAUCGUGAUGGCAUAUGGUGCCAGCAUGUCAUUCGGGCCCAAGUACCUCGAGGUCGAGUUUAAUGUUCCAGCAUGGCAGUCUAACAUUAUCAUAGCCGCUUUUGGUAUCAUCGCGGUGUGUAUUGGUAUAUUCAGUGGUGGAGUGCUUACCAAGAAGCUCAAGCUGUCCCCAUUCCGGUGCUCGAUGCUCAUGUUUCUACCCCAAGUUCCCACCCUCGCCUUGCAGAUGAUCACAAUGUUCAUCAAGUGUGACCAGCCCCGAAUAAAUAACUGGGAGGAACAACAGUCAAGCAUGUUGCCGUCGUCGUGCAACAGUGAUUGCGCAUGCUCGAAUGCGUUCCUUCCGGUGUGUGACGGUAACGGUACCAACUACUUCUCACCUUGUCAUGCUGGUUGCACCGGCGGAAGCUUCUACAAGUUCACCAAUUGUUCCUGUGUGCCCGGGGGUGAGGUCAGCACGGGGCUGUGUGAGUUCCAGGGCUGCAGCUCCAUGUGGUUGUUCCUGGCUAUCAACUUUCUCGCGACCGUUUUGGGAGCCAGUCUAAUGAUGCCAACUUUUAUCUUCACUAUCAGAAUUGUUCCCAACGAUCUAAAAUCGAUGGCUAUUGGACUUUCCGCUUUAGCGACUUCGCUUUUUGGUUGGCUACCGGGACCGGUGAUUGGCGGGAAGCUGGUGGACGCCGCCUGCAUCCUGUGGUCCGGCGGUGCCGCCACUUUGGGCUCGUGCAGCUACUACAACUUGGAGACGCUUAGAUACAAUAUGUACGGCAUGGCGAUCGCGUGCAAAUCGGGCGCCAUCGUUCUCCUUGCAGUUAUCGUCUGUUUCACGUGGAAUAUGCACAAAUGGCCAAACAAAGCAGACGAGGAAAAUGAAGUUGAUUUCGUGUACGAGUCUUAUAUCAAGCAGAAACCUGGUGCAUUGUUGGACACAAAUGGACUUGACAUGAAGGAGAAAUUAUGAUAAAUAUAUUUAUUGGAUUAAAUUAAACAUGUGUGCAAUAUAAAUGUAUAUAAAUUCCUAAGUCGACACACCAUAUAACUUAGACUUAUGUAAUAAUUUUAUAUAAUAAUUUUAAACGAUGUUUCUCCUUUCAUAUUUACAGAUCCUAUCUACAUGGAAACUACUUAAAGCUGCACUCUCACAGAUUGAACGUUUUAACAACUUUUUUUAUUUUUAGUCCUGGAACGAGCCACUUUUUGCAAAGAUCCAUUGAAACCAGUUAUAAAAGACUACUGACAAAAAAUGGAUCGCAGAUUUUUUUAUAUUUAAGUUCAAAAAAUAAUGUUUUAUGCAUUUUUCUUAAGCAAUUAAACAUUAAUUUUCGGACGGAAAUAUGAAAAUCUACGAUCUGGCUUUUUAUCAGCAAUCUUAAACUCUUUAGUUUGCAGAACUUUAUGCAAAUAUUUUCACUUUUGAAGACAAAAAAUAAACAGUUGUAAAAAUGGUAUAUCUGUGAGAGUGGAGUUUUAAAUGCCCUAUCUUUAUUAUUUUCCUUAUGCUUUGUUUUUACGAGAGCGCCAUCACAUAUU